CGUCCUCCUCUUCACUUCUCCCGCGGGUGCAGGCACUGCGUAGGGAGAGGAGAGGCUGUGGCCAGCGGGGUGCUGCUGCGUGGGGGCUCUGCUGCGUGGGGCGCUGCUGCGUGGAGCGCUGCUGCGCGGCGCUCAGUGGCUGGGCUAGCGCCGAGAGUUGCUUUGGAUCGAGCCCGCAGCUCGUCUUGACCAAGGCCCCCGGGGCAGGAGAGGGUAGGCUGCUAGCUUGGGUCGUGGGGUGCGGUGAAGUCCCCUGGGUCCUUGCGUUUUCCCAUCUCGGCCGAGUCCAUAGUGGCUCGGGGUCUGGGAAGGGGACUGUGCUGAGGCUGGACCCAGCUGUCCGAGAGGAGACGCAGCCUCCACCCCCCCCCCGGAGACGGAUUGGAACCUCGGUGCUCCCGUAUCUUCCCCCCCAGGGGAGCUGCCAAGGAUCGCCCCCUCCAUCCUGCCGUGGGAGUCCCUUCCCGGGCGAUCUUAAAUCCCAGGAGGAAGGGCGAGUGCAGGAGGUGCCGUAGCUGCGCGCGGCGGUGAGUCGGGCCUCUCUCCUUCCAUCCCAACAGGUUUGGGGGCGGGGAGGAGGAGCUCCGAGCGGGCUGGACCCAAACUCUCCCGAUUUCUCUCUCCAUGGGACUGCAGAAACCCUCCUGGAGCCCCUUCCGACAGAUGAACUGAUCUCGGGGGACCAUCCUCAGUGGAACUGCCAGGGCAUGGACUUGGGGACGCUUGGUUAGAUUCGGUGCGUCGAAGCGCGCCCUUCGGGGGACCACCUCGAAGGCCCUGACCCGGGAAGCCUUUUGGAGUUUUGUUUCUUUCUUCUCCCCUUGGAGAUGCACGAAUUGUUCCCUCCCUGUUCCUCCUCCUCCUCCUGCGAAGCCUUUGGAGGCACUGAGCUCCCAUCCAGGGCCAGCUCUACAGGAGUGAAGAGAUCCAGGCGUUUGAACUUGAGACUUGGUGCUUAUUCAAACUGAGACUUUCCUACCCCCACGCCACCAGGCACCCAUUUCUCAGACAGUGUUUGCGUUUGACUGACGAUUUUGGGGCUUAUCUGAUCGCCUCUCUCUUUUUUUUUUUUUUUUAAGAAAAGGUGGGGAAGGAGACUGUUAGGUAGUUUUCUUUUUUUUGGUUUUGUUUUUUAAAUCUACGGUACAGGGUAUCAGUCUCAGGGAACUUGCCCAUGGCUUUCUUGAUGAAAAAGAAGAAAUUUAAAUUUCAAACUACUUUUACUCUGGAGGAGCUGACUGCAGUCCCAUUCGUGAAUGGCGUGCUGUUCUGCAAAAUCCGGCUGUUGGAUGGCGGGGAUUUCGCCAGCUUGUCGUCCAGGGAGGAAGUGCAGGAGAAUUGUGUCCGAUGGAGGAAGAGGUUUACCUUUGUGUGUAAAAUGAGUGCGAAUCCGGCCACUGGCCUUCUGGAUGCCUGCAUCUGCAGAGUGUCUGUCCGAAAGGAGCUGAAAGGUGGGAAGGCCUACUCCAAGCUAGGAUUUGCAGACCUGAAUCUGGCUGAAUUUGCUGGCUCUGGUUCCACUGUCCGAUGUUGCCUGUUAGAAGGGUAUGACACCAAGAACACCCGGCAGGACAACUCCAUCUUAAAGGUCACCAUUGGGAUGUCCUUGCUCUCUGGAGACCCCUGCUUUAAGACGCCACCUUCCACAGCCAAGUCCAUCAUCAUCCCCAGCCAGGACACGUCCCUCCAGUUGACCUGUAAGGGUGAGGGUACUUCCAGUAGCAGCAGCACAGCCAGUGGCUCCACAACCCUCACGGGGCCCCGGCAGACCAAGGCAAGACCCACCAUCCUCGGAUCAGGGGUCCCUGAAGAACCAGAUCAGACCUUGUCAAGCCCAGAGGAAGUGUUCCACUCUGGCCAUUCCCGUAACUCCAGCUAUGCCAGCCAGCAGUCCAAGAUCUCUGGUUACAGCACUGAACACUCCCGCUCCUCCAGCCUGUCAGACUUGACUCACCGAAGAAACACCUCCACCAGCAGUAGUGCCUCUGGCGGCCUCAGCAUGACUGUAGAGUGCCCUGAGGGCGAGAGGGAGCACAAACCAGAAAAGCCUCCUCGGCCCCCCAGACCUCUGCAUUUGUCAGAUCGAUCAUUCAGGAGGAAGAAGGAUUCAGUGGAAAGCCACCCAACAUGGGUAGAUGACACGAGAAUUGAUGCAGACGACAUCGUGGAGAAGAUCAUGCAGAGCCAAGACUUUACAGAUGUCAGCAACAAUGAGGACAGUAACCUGAGGUUGUUUGUGAGCAGGGAUGGCACCACCACCUUGAGUGGUAUUCAGCUGGCAACCAGAGUAUCCUCUGGAGUUUUUGAGCCUGUAGUGAUUGAAAGCCAUUGACCACCAUGAUCUUCUGACCUGAGUCAUUCCAGAAGGGAAGGUCCCUUCUUUUUCCAGGGACCACUUCUCCAUCUAUCUCUACUUCUGUCAACUCUCAUCUGAUUUUUGCACUCCAGACCAGUCCUGAGGGUGGGCUGCCCAAGCUGGCAUUGGGGCCUCCCCUCAUCAUCUAGUCUCUCCUCCAUCCACCACUUUUGAUUCCUCUCCCCAGAGGAAUCACAUGGUGUUCUUGAGAGUAUCUCCCAGGACCCUGGCUGCAGUCUGAUUGUACCACUGUGAAUAUUCUCCAGACCACUAUAGAGCAGACAUCCAGACAGGAAGAAGAGCCCCAGGGCAGCCUAGCCUUCUAGGAAACCCUGCUUGUACACUCCAGAGCAGCCCAUAAGCAGAUCCUUCCUCAUCAUAGGAAACUAUUGGCCCGUGUGCCAGUUCAGAAGGCAAAGGGAAGAGGUAGAAUCUGGUUAGGGAGCUAACUCCUACUGCAGGACUGUAGGCCCACUGCUGGGCAGGGUUGUGGCCUCUUGGAGUAUGGAUGUGGGCAGGCAUGCUUCCCUACAAGCAGGAGAAAAGGACUCCUGUUUGGUCUGGCCUACCACCUUGUCCUGUCCUGUAGUGCUGGUGCUUCUGACUUCUCCAGAGUCAGUGUGUGGAGGCAAGGAUCUUCCUGCCAUGUCUUCCUCCCCCACCUGGAAGUUGUAUGGACUGGCUACCCUGGUUCCAGCCGCACCUUGGAGGCAUCUCUGAGUCCUCCCUCUAACAACACUCCAGGGGAGAAGAGACAGGCCGCUUGGAGAAACUGGAGAAGCCUCCUAGAGCUGGCUGCGAGACUUUCCUGCUGUUCUCUGGUUCUGAGCUAAAGACUAUGGCGUUCUCCUGCAGCUCCCUCCCUUCCGCUUGUAUCCUUGCUCAUCUUUUUAGAGAUUUUGAGCCCUGAGUUCCUGCCUCUAGGAGGUCAGCACCCUUCAGGUGGACUUGCCAGGUGGCCUUUGGUAGACCUGCCUUCCCCAUCCCUAGCUUGUCCUGGCCUAUACCACAUACCUUCAACUUAUAAGCUAUCCAUGUCUUCUCCCUCUUCCCUUUUGAAUUUGCCUGCCUCUGUUUCUCACAGUGGCUCUCUGCACUUUGCACAUAUUUCCCUAGCAGAGCCUCAGGGGGUUGGUGAUUGGCCAUCCCCCCUCCCCACCCCAACAAUGCGCACACAUCCUUCUGCCAGCCCCCUCCUCCUCUAUUGCUUCUAGCCUCCCCUUUUUGAAACCUAUGCUUGUCUGCUGGCCAGGUUGGCUAAGCAUCAUGGGCUAUCAGGUCCCCCGUUCCCAAUCCCCUCAUCUGUCCAGAGUGGGGGAGACCACGUAAGGUAGGAGAGCAGACUGCCCAGGUGGUAACUGCUGCCCCUGAACUUCCCUUAUUAGGGUAGGGAGCCACCUACUUUGACUUUGCAUCAGCCCUCCUGGGUAGGACUGUGACAGGUUCACGUCCCCACUUGGGAGAAGUUCAGGGCCUCUUUCCUCUCUACCUUAUGAGUCCUGGUGUACUCUCUGCUUGGGGCUGGGUCUUAGGCAGUUGAUGCAACAGAGAAAUUAAGAAAAAAAAAUAGCAAGUUGGACACAGAGGCAUGGAGAAGUGUCCACAAGCUCCUGGAGGCUGGAGGUGUUGGAAUAGGAGAAAAAAGCUUGUCUCCUUUCAGCAAGGCUGGCCUGGUGGGCCAUAGAACCUUCGUGGCAGCCGGAGGUAACCCCACCUACGCAGUUGGUGAGGUGAGCAGGAAGGGGAUGCCUUGCCCCAGCCUUCACAGGAAUGGGCAGGAUGAGAGGUGCUUGCUCAGUUAUGGCCUGGAGCUGUGCUCCCAGCAGGACAGAGCCCCUCCAUCAGUCCAUGUCUUUAGUGUCUGGGUAUCACCUCUUGCCACUGCCAAAGCUUCUGUUCUUAGCACUUUCCCCAUGGCAGAGGCCCAGGCCGGGAGAUGUAGAGCCUGGGACCUCCUUGCUCAAACCACUGGUUUCACUUUUUUUUUUUUUAAAUUUCAUUUACCAAGUUGUAAUUUUUAAUAAACCCAGCGGGCUGGUGUUUGGUUUUGGGAAGGGUGGGAGGGUUGUUUUUUUUUUUUUAAGUUGAUAAUGGUUUUUUUGUUUUUGUUUUGUUUUG